AUGAUGAACGGAAAGUUUACUGAUAAGGCUUUUUUCAUCAAGCCUGUUCAAAAUACAACCACAACCUAUGCCGAGUAUAUGGACAACUAUUUACGAAAUUUGUUUGAUGAAAUGAAAGCUUAUUUGACAAGUAUUGGUAGCCCUGUUUGUGAUCAAUGCGUUGAAAGAAUGAAGUUUGCCUAUUGUGCUAACGCAUUCCCAAAGUAUGGCUACGUUUCAUGUAUCAGUAAUGAGCUUUUAACGUAUCUUGGAGAAAUGGGCAAAGCCUGUAAAGGAUUCUGUUGCGCAGAGACUUCGGGAUUGUGUGUGGUUGAUGAAUCUGGAAACACCUGCGACACAAAACCUCUUUCGGUGAAGGAAAGUGUUACCACCCUCACAUGCAUGACACCAUAUCUCGGAAAGCUGUUUUCAAAGCUCUCCUCUUGCAAUCAGCAUUUUGUUGCUCUGGAUAUCUGCACAGAUAUGUUAUCUACUUGCGAUUGCUCAAAUGCUCCCUCGGUGUAUGACACUACAUGUAAGCGAUUUUUCACGGAUGCAGGAACAAAAUUUGAUAAUUAUCCCAAUAGUGGUGUUUGUAGCAAUGUUGCUAAUCCUGGUUGGUGCAAAGCAGCAAGAUCGAACGUUGUUGAGCAUUUUAGAGAUUCAAUGACAGAUGUUCGUCAAAAGAUGCUUGACUUUUUAGAUCCAGUUCUUCACAAAACGAAUCAAUACAUUCCAACAACAGAUCCUUUGAAGGCAGAUAUUGCAAAAGGAUCUAUCGGUACACCUGUUCCAUUCAUUUACCCAACCCUUAAACGAGUGACUUUUAGCCCACCUUAUGAUGACGGUUCUCUGAAAUACCGUCUUGCUUGCUCUGGUGACAAGUGUGUAGUAGCAUGCACCAAUCCCAAAUCCUAUGUCUACAAUCCUUAUGCGGAAAAAGAUUCUGGAACCUGCAACCUUGAUCCAUUUUACAUGCUGACGCUUCUUGCAGAAAACGCUGUGGUCAUUGGAGUAGUAGUUGCACUUGUUGUUCUCUUCCUGUUGUGUAUCACUGGUGUCAUUGUUGGUUUUUGCAUUUUCUGUUGUUGCUGUAGAGACAGGAGAAAAUUGGCAAAACAAGGUAAGAGAGAACGUUUGGACAAGGAUAAAAAAACAAGUAAGCUCCAAAACGCUGCCGACAAAUUCUUAAGCAAAUUCUAA